UAAUAUGUCUCCUGUUAAGAUGACAGAAGAUGAUGUGUAAUGGCUGUCCCCCUCUGAACCAGGACCUGCCCAGUCCGGUCCCGGUGCGGACUCGUCUCCCGGCCGAGCUGUUCGGUGAAGCUCUGAUGGUUCUGGAGUUCCUGCGGGCCUUCGGAGAAGUCUUCGACCUGAAGGACGAGUUCCCCGACGGAGUCUCUCUGGAGGUUCUGGAGGAGGCUCUGGUGGGUUCUGACCCAGAGGGUCCGCUGUGUGAGCUGCUGUUCUUCUUCCUGUCGGCCAUCUUUCAGGGUCUGGACGAGGAGCAGGAGGAGGUCGCUAAAGACCAGGCAGAAGACCUGUCAGAGGCUCUGGACGAUGACUCUGAUGCGACCCAGUCUGCUCUGGGCGCGGUGGCGGCGCUGGCGGCCGCCUGGUCCCCGCUACACCAGGGCUGCAGUCUGAAGCAGCUGGACCUGGACAGCUGCACGCUGUCCGAGAUCCUGCGCCUGCACAUCCUGGCCUCUGGCGCCGACUGCAACCACGGCAACGCCAAGUUCCGCUACCAGAAGCAGGGCGGCUUCGCGCUGAUGGACGACCCGUGUGUGGAGCUGCGGGUUGCUGAGCCGGCGCUGUUGAAGAGACUGACGUGCACCGCCGUGUACGACCUGGCGCCAGGGGAGAAGCUGAGGAUCCUGCAGGCUCUGGUUGGGAAGCUGCUGACGCUGGCGUCCAGCAGAGAUGUGAUCGAGGACUGUGUGGAGGAGCAGAGAGCCGCCAGACAGGAACUGAGAGAAAUCAGAGCGGAGCAACACCGCCGAGACAGAGAGGAGGCCGCACACAGGGUUCGUCUCCGCAAAGAGGAGAAGCUGAGGGAGCAGGAGCUGAAGGGAGGAGCCCCAUCCAGCAGUGAGACUCCUCCAGAACAACACACUGAAGAAGACGAGGAGCAAAACUCUUCAUCCAUCAAAAAGACGAUGAACGCUGCAGACAGACAGACGGCCCCGUCCUGCCCCCCCGCCCCGUCCUGCCCCCCCGCCGCCCUGACUGCAGAGGAGCAGGAGAAAGAGCUGGAGAAGGUCACAGAGCUGCAGGAGAGGAUCCAGAAGGCCGCGGCGUGCACCUGCCUGCAGCCGCUGGGUCGAGACCGUCUGUACCGGCGGUACUGGCUGCUGCCCUCCGCCUCCGCGCUGCUCGUAGAGGACGACUGCUUCGGCCUGACGGAGGACAUGCUGCUGCCGUGCCCAAAACCUGCACCAGACGCCACCGCCAAGAUGGAGGACGAGGAGGACGUCAAGGAGGAGCCAGCUGAGGGGAGUGCCGGCUCAAGCCCCGCCCCCCUCCACACCUGUGGGCCGCCAGUCAAACGUCCCAACCAAUGGUCUUUCUACGCCUCGGUGGAGGAGGUGGAUCAGCUGAUCGAGGCUCUGAACCCCCGAGGUCACAGAGAGAGCAGCCUGAAGGAGGCGCUGCUGCAGGAGAGAGAGAGGCUGACUCAGCUGCUGGAGAGAGGAGCUGGCAACAAGUACACACACACAGAUGAUCCGGAGUCGUCCCGCUCUGUCCCACAAUGCACUGCUGCAGCUGAGACUGUGAUGGAGGGGAGACUGAGAGACCUGCUGCUGGACAUCGAGGACCGAAUACACCAGGGAACUCUGGGAACUCUGAAGGUGAUGGACAGACAGGUGUGGCGCUCGGCGCUGGAAGCAGGAAACUACGAGCUGCUGUGUUCUGACGGCAGAGAGAACGGAGGGAUGAAUGGACGAGUGGACGCCAUGGAGGUGGACUCACCUGCCCAGCUGAGAGCCAGAGACAGGCUGCAGGAGCUGAAGUCUGACAGCAUGGCGGCGUGCAGCGGCAGCGGGACGCCUCAGGUGGUCAGCAGCACGGUACGAGUCCUGGCUCAGGCCCUCGCUCACAUUGAGCAAGGCAUCGAGAGGCGUUUCCUCAAAGCUCCGCUGGGUGAUGAAGACUCAAAGAAAGAUCAGAAGACGAAGAAGAACAAGAAGAAAGACGAGGACCAGGCCAGUGAAGAUGGCAGUGACAGUGGUCGGGUCAGUAAGACGGUGUUGGAGCGAUGGAGGGAGUCUCUUCAGUCCUGCUCCAGUCUGUCUCAGGUGUUUGUUCACCUGUCCAGUCUGGAGCGAAGCGUCCUCUGGUCUCGCUCCAUCCUCAACGCUCGCUGUCGCAUCUGCCGACGCAAAGGAGACGCCGACAACAUGCUGCUGUGUGACGGCUGCGACCGCGGACACCACACCCACUGUCUCAGGCCGCGCCUCAAGUCGGUUCCAGAAGGAGACUGGUUCUGUCCAGACUGUCGACCCAAACAGAGAUCCAGCCGCCUGCCGUCACGUCAGCGCUCCUCUAUCGACGAGGAGGAGGAGGAGGAGGAAGAGGAGGGAGACGGAGAACAGGAAGAGGAGGAGUCAGAAGAGGAAGAGGAGGAAUCGGAGGAAGAAGAGGAGUCAGAAGAGGAAGAAGAGGAAGUAGUGAGCACCAAGAAGAGCCAGGCCCCGCCUGCUAAAGGCAAGACUCAACAGGCCCCGCCCCCUAAAGGCAAGACUCAGACCACGCCCAAAGGUCAACAGGCCACGCCUAAGAACAGCACUGCUGCCUCUGCAGGGAAAAACUCCUCAGCCUCCAAGUCGUCGGGUAAGAAGGCCACGCCCCCCCCAGUGAAGGCCACCUCGUCUGCAGGUAAAGCUCCGCCGCGCUCCGGGAGUCGGAGCAGCGCCCGUCGGAGCAACGAGAUCCACAACGGAAACGCCAAAACCUCACCUGGUCAGAGCGAGAACCGCAAGAGACCUCCCACAGACGUGGCUCCGCCUCCCAAACCCCUCCGACCCGUCCUCCCCCCAGCAUCCUCGUCCUCGUCUUCGUCCAGCCGGCGCUCCUCCGGCCGUAACCAUGGCGUCCACGAGCUAUCAGCCUGUGAGCAGCUGGUAGUGGAGCUGGUCAGACACCCAGACAGCUGGCCCUUCAUGAAGCUGGUAUCCAGGACACAGGUCCCUGACUACUAUGACAUCGUCAAGAAGCCCAUCGCUCUCAGCACCAUCAGAGAGAAAGUCAACAACUGUGAAUAUCAGACAGCAGGUGAGUUUGUCUCUGACGUGGGCCUGAUGUUCGGUAACUGUCUCCAGUAUAACCCUCGUCACACCAACGAGGCGAAGGCCGGACUCCGCCUGCAGCAGUUCUUCCAAUCGGAGCUCAGCAGGCUCGGCCUAUCAGAGCGCAGCAGCCCGGCUCCGCCUGCCAAACGCACCCGAAACUGAACCAAACGCACCCUCUGACCUCACCGCCGUCCACUCUGCUGAUCGGUCCCUCCAGAUGACCUCUGACCCCUGCCGCCAGCAGCCAAUCCCAACAGGACUGCAGAGGUCAGAGGUCAGCUGGACCCUCCAGAGCUCCACCGAGCUUCUGGAAACCAGUUCUCAGUUACUGUGAGUUGAUGAAACUGUAGAUUCUCCUUUACUGCCGUUCACGGACAACAUGUAGCAGACAUUCCUGUGGUGCUGUAGGACCGUAGAGACAGAGACACCGUAGAGACACCGUAGAGACAGACAGACAGUAGAGA